UUGCAUAUUUCCGUGGGUUUUCCGUCAUCGCCUGAGUUAGUGCCCUCCCCUCUUAGAAAAUUCCCAUUACGUCACAAAAGAUCAUCACGGAAGUAAACUAGGCGACGAAACCCAGACAAAACACGGAGCACUACCGAAGUGUUCUGUACUCGACUUCUCCGAUCAGAUCACAGACAUCAUGCUGGGAGGAGGCUACAAAGCAGAGAGGUUAAGAGUCAACCUCAGGCUUGUCAUCAACAGACUCAAGCUCCUCGAGAAAAAGAAAACUGAGCUUGCUCAAAAGGCUCGGAAGGAGAUCUCGGAUUACUUGUCGUCAGGAAAAGAUGAGCGGGCACGCAUCCGUGUGGAGCACAUCAUCAGAGAGGACUAUAUGGUUGAAGCCAUGGAGAUCUUGGAGCUUUACUGUGAUUUGCUCCUGACACGUUUCGGCCUUAUCCAGUCCAUGAAGGAGUUGGAUCCAGGACUACAGGAGGCAGUUUCCACUCUUAUUUGGGCAGCACCUCGUCUCCAGGUGGAGGUGAUUGAAUUAAAACUUGUGUCAGACCAGCUAUGUGCAAAAUAUAGCAAGGAGUAUGGCAAGCUAUGCAGGACAAACCAGAUUGGAACGGUCAAUGAAAGGCUGAUGCACAAGUUGAGUGUGGAGGCGCCCCCCAAGAUCUUGGUGGAACGCUACCUGAUUGAGAUAGCCAAAAACUAUAAUGUACCGUAUGAACCUGACGCGAUGGUUCGGCCUGAGGUGAGUCACGGACAAGCAGACCUGAUUGACGUGAACCAUGACAAGAAGUCAGGAGGAGGAGGCGGCGGCGGCGGGGGGUUUUGUGCGCCGCCAAUGCCCAUGCCAAUGCCCAUGCCAAUGCCUAUGCCUUUCAACUAUCCGACUCCCAAAGGAGAACCGUUCAAUCCGGCCAUUGGAUCUUACAACAGCUUCCCGCACCCAAUGGGAGGAGGGCAACCCCCUCAGCUGCCCACUUCUCCCCCCACAUACGAGUCUAUUGAUGACCUAAAAAACUCUGUUCCUUCCCAGGCAGUAGCUCCCUCGUCACAAAUAUAUGACAACAACGCUCUCCCAGAACUUCCUUCAGUCCCAGACACACUCCCGGCCACCUCCUUCGGUGGGAAUACCACAACUUCUGAUGACAUCGACUUUGAUGAUUUAACACGACGUUUUGAGCAGCUGAAGAAGAAUACUUAAGUCCUUUGACAAACACACAGGCUGGCAUUGUAGCCUGGGUACAGAUGAAAACGGGAAAGCAGAAACCUCUGAAUUUAUAUACAUAUAUAAAAGAGAACACUUACCUUGUAUAGAAUUAAUAUGUACAUCAGUGCAGUUGGGAUUGCUCAUUUAAUUUUCAAAUUGUAUUUUUUUUUUUUUUUUUUUUUUGCCAGAGCUGGACAGGUGUCGGCUUGAGCUAUAGCUAUAUUAACCAGUUUUUGCAUAAAUCAUAAC